UGUUAUCAGUUCAAGAAAUGGAAGAUAAACUGAUACUAAUCAUUUUUUUUAUCAGUCGAUCAAUUAUUACACACUAUUUUCACCUGCUGUGAAGCGCAAUUCGAGAUCUUUAUCUAUCAUCCAUCUUUGUAUGUAUAAACAAUCUCUCAGAAAUUGGAACACUUUUCUCACGAGUGCCGUCGUUGGUUUUUCCCAAAGUAUACCGGGGGAAUUGAAGUAAGUGUGUAGUAUUGUCCGGUAGCUUAGGAGCCUCUAGUUUAUUGAUGGUCCAUGUGAUCUCCUAAAAUCGAGGAAUCUGAAGUUAAUCCUUCAAUAUUUGGCAGUGAUAAAAUUGGUGUCAUACAAAGUGAUGAAAGAAUGUCUGACGUUUUCUCUGGCGAGGAUGCUCAACAACUUUUACGUGAUAAGAACAUAAUUUUCAUCGGUGGCUCCAAUAUUCGGGCGCUAUACAAGGACCUGGUAUGGUUUCUCCAGUUCCAAUCUUUAGUUCCUCAAGAACUGCUAAAGAAGAAGUUGGAGGACUCAUUUGCCGGUGACGAGAAAAUCCGUGGUGAUCGUUUGCACCGAGGUCGAGACUAUGUUGAAGAUCGGUCUUAUCUCCAUAAUAUGGAGGAUUUCUCAAUUUUGGUGGAAUACUCAUUUACGAGCAUUUGUUACUCUGAGAAGGUCAUUGAAUUGUUCAACAACAUCAAGAAUGGACACAUCGACCCUGACAUUAUCGUCAUGAAUUCUACGCUUUGGGAUAUCAACAGAUGGGGACCCGACGGCAUCAAAAUGUUUAAGAGCAAUUUGGUGAAAUUGAUGCAACUUGUUUCUGCCAGCAUUCAACAAAAAUGCAUGUUUCUGUGGUUGACUGCACCUCCAGUCCUGUCGAGCAUUCGUAGCUCGCUGCUCCCUACUGAGAUUUCAUUCCUCAAACCGUACGUUAGAUUCAAUGUCCUGGAAGCCAACAACUUUGCAAGGCAGAUUGUCGGCUUGUAUGGGCACGAUGUCCUGGACAUUCAUCACUAUCUGCGCAUGCAGCUUUACCACAUAAUCAACGAUGGUAUCCAUUAUCAGCCGGUCAUAGAUCGCUAUGUAACCAACCUGAUCUUGACUCAUUGCAGUUUAUCAUGGAAUGUACCGUUACCAGGAAACGUCUGGAAUAUUUCGCUGGAAAAAACUGUCAAUCUCCCCUUCAGGCAGCAGGACCUCGAUGUUGAAAAAUACAUUGAUGUCAACUUGAUAUUGGAAGAACUGGAGAACACGGCUCCUAACAGACAGCUCCCUUCAGCUCCGGCUUCAAAUUUGGCUAUAGCCGUGUCCUCAGCUCCAGCACAACCCUCCUCCACUAUAGCACAACCUUCCUCAGCUCAAGCACAACCCUCAGAUCAGAUUCAAAAUGUAUUGGCCACUACAUCAGUGACAACAGGAGAGGUCAAGUCAGCUCCAUGCUCAAGCUCCAAGGUAAAAAGAGGGAAGAAAGUUGUCCCAAAACCAUCAGUGGCACAAGGAGCCUCUGCAACAGCAGCAGCUUCAACAAAAGUUGGUCCUGCGAAAGCAGGACAGGCGAAGCGUGUGCUAGUCAAUUCUGCUAAGAAAAAAAUUAUAAAGAAAAAACGGACCCCUAAGAAAGGAGCCUUUGCAAAGCAGGGGCUGCCUCCAACAUCUGCAGGAACACACACCGGGACAUUGCCAGCUGUGAGGAAAGGACCUUUACUCCCAACACCACUUUUACAACCAACAGAAAGCCCUCCUGGGAUAAUAGAUAAUGUCAGUGCUGAACACAAUUCAGAAUUUCCCGGCAGAAAUAGCCAAAUGUCAGAUUUCCCUGUGGAGUUCCCUCAGGAAGAACAACCACCUAGCAUCCUUUCGACUAAAGUCCAAUCUUGGAAGAAGACGAAAUGUUGGCGUGGAGGAAAAAAACGAGUGGUUCCAUACGUUUUUCCUAGAGGAAACUCCAUCCUCGGAAGAAUUCGCUUCCAGAAUCCAAGGCAACAAGCUCCCAGUGUCAGGUUCCAGAACCGCACUUACGUAAGACCAGGAUACCGACCUUGGCGACCGAGACAGCCACAGGAACCUUUUUAUUUGGACCCAACGUGGAAUUAGGGAUUCAACCUGGGAGAUUUGACGGAAAAUUGGGAGGUUUUAAAGCCAGGGAUCUCGUCUUUUUGGAGAGAAACGUCGACUGCGCGAUCCAAGUCGGGACAAAGAAAAACCUGGAAUCAUCAGAAAGUGAAAACUUUUAGGAAAAAUCAGGGAAUCUUUUCCAGGGACUGAGAAUCUACUGCUUUGUAUUCUGUUCUUUCUAUUCUAUUGCUUGAAUGAUAUAUUUGAAUAUUUAAAUCAUUAGAUAACAGAGAGGCUUUCAUCGACCAAAUAAUAUAGGUAUCAAGAAUUCUUUUAGCAUCGACAAUUUGAAAAGGCGUCAACAAAUUGGUUGAAAGAUGAUGAAAAUCGAUAUUCAUAUCUGAAACUCAAGAUUUAUAUAGUUUGCCCCCAGAAGAUUCCCAGGGAUAUGGGAGAAAACUUUGGUUUCCCAUGAGGGAAUGAACUUCUAUAAAUGAAGGAAUGAGUAUGGUCAAGAAUUCUGGACACCAUAUUUUAAAAGAUGUUUGGGGAAAAGCCCCCCACACAUAUAGAAAAUACGAUUUUCACCACAGUUAUAAAUUGCACUGAACAAUCUUCCAAGAGGUCAAAAAUGGGCCUUUAGAUAAGAUGUGCAUUCACGUACUACACAACGUAUUUUCUCCUCUAAAAUUUCUUGAGAGAAACUACAUAUUUGCACAAUGCAAAAGCUGGAAAUCAGCUCCUAAAAAAUAUGUAAGCGUUUGUAAUUGACACUAGUGAAAUGGAAAAAUACAAAGACAUCAUUUGCAUGUGUAAUCAUAACUUCCCCUUGAUCUGCGUUAAAAAGAACUAGUUUAUGCCUCUUUCAGGAGUUGAUUUUCCUUUGUGUAAAUCGUUUUCUAAGUGAGGUUUCCAAGAGGUUUACAACUGGUGUCAGAAAUGUGGAGUGAAAUUUUUGUUUAAAAAAGCAAUAUCAGAAGCAACAGCAAAAAGGUAGUUUUCUUCAGAAUCAAUGCCCUCAAUUUUUAAGACUCGAAUCUCUAAUUAUAUUACUGCUGUCAAUGUUCCUCAAUAUGGUGACCAUAAUUUUGCAAGAACCAUACCAUCUCUGGAAAAGUCAACUUCAAAUUUUAAAUUGAACUCUCAAAAUCGAUGAGAUUUUUCUGACGCCUUGUGUGUCAAUGAAUAUCAGGCUCUAAAUAGCAGCUUCCUCUAAAUCUACAAAUGCAGACAGAGAGCAAUGCCACUUUUUUAAGUUAGCAAGUUAGUUUUGUCACUCCUUUGGAAGUUUUAUUGUAAAUCCAGUCAUGAGAACAACCACUAAGUCCUAUGAUUAUGAUGUGGAGAAAAAGGCAUGUUAUAAAUUAGUAAUUUGCAUCUUUUUUCUACUCCAAAGGAAAAUCUGACCUUCUGUUGCUUGCAACAGAGGCAGAAGUCAUUUAAAUGAUCAAUGUCCCAUGGUACUAAAUUUUACAUGAAGGAACUAUGCCAUUAGUUUACGGGUAUAGGUAAUUCCUCUUAUAUAUAAGCCAGAAAUAGUUCCUUUUUGCAAAAUGCAGUCCAAAUCAUAGAGAAAAUAUUCUUGAAAAAACUCGUCCAUUAAUGUUUAAGUAUGUAGUCUAGUUUUGAUCAUUCUGAUCGGGAAGUAGUACCUGAAAUAUUUUUUUGCUCAAAUUUUUGGAUUUUUUUUUGUUCUGAUUGGAAUUUAUUUCCAUUCUCCUAAAAACUUGGUACUUUGAACAGAUGCCCAUUUUGUUUGUCUUGAUCAAGGAUGUGAAGACUAUAGAUUGGGGGUACUGAUACCCUAUGAGAAAACGUACCCAGCAUAGAGCGAUUGUUUAAUAUGCCCUCAAGGGGAGGGGGGUUGGAACUUACUUCGUCCUAAACUGCAAACCUGAAAAUAACAUGAGUUCUUACAGGUGUUUUUACAUUAAACGAUUUGUAAUGUUAAACGUUCAAAAUUCUAUUAUAUAGUCAUGUUCUGAAUUUGAUAGAAGCACAAAAACAGAAGAGGGUCAUGCUCAACCAUGGAAAUUCACUAUCCUUGUAACCUAACUUUUUCUGCUAGUAGAGUACAUAACUCACCAUAGGCAGAGCAUAGGAUCGACCAUCUAUAGUUUUUGCAUUAUUGAUCUCUGUUCCUGUGAGAUAUCAUGAGAUGCGUGUUUAUUUCUACAAUUUUUUUUGUACGUCGAAAUGGACUUUUUAAUUUCAAGACUGAAUUAAUCUGCAAAGCUGUGAUUCUAUGAACAAUAACUAAUUGUUACUUUUGAAUAUCCAGUCAUUUAUCAGUAUUAUUUUUUGUGUUAAAUGCUUUAAUGUGCAACGUCUUGUGAAAGUGGGGCUGUUGCACAAUUUUUGUUACUUUAUUCUCGAAAGUACAAAAAAAAAAUGAGAUUACCUUCAUUUUCUCGUUUUUCAUUUAAUAAAAUUUUGAUUCUUGCAA